AUGUGCCUUUCUUUGUCCGCCAGCUGCAGCAGCAGCAGCAGCAGCAGCAGCAGCGGCGUACAAAGGGGGACGGCAGCGACACCCACAGAAUCCUUGGCUGCAGCAGCAGCCAGGAGACGCAGAAGGGCUUCACUGCUGCUGCAGCUCACUGGCAGAGCAGCAGCGCCAUAG